GAGGGAGAAAUCGUUCACAAACGGCCAUUUUUGUGAAGUGUUGUGCCAUACAAGCCAACUCUCAAUCAAUCGCGAGAGCAUCUUGAGGAUACUUGGAAGAAACACUCCAUUUGGCAUGUCAUGGAUCCAUUCAUGGAUAACUCUAUUUCAAAUUGGUGGAUUAAUACGACAAAUCGGCAUUUUGUUUCGAUGUAUUGAUAUUGAAUUGGAAUUAAGUUGAAAACCAAGUCAAAUCUUUGAAAAUGGUUCUUUUAGCUGCAAGUGUGACAACGAAGUCAGGGAAAGCUAUAGUUUCCCGCCAGUUUGUGGAAAUGACACGUGCCAGGAUAGAAGGAUUAUUAGCAGCUUUUCCAAAGCUUUUAAGUGGAAGUCGUCAGCAUACAUUUGUAGAAACGGAAAGUGUACGCUAUGUUUAUCAACCGAUGGAAAAGUUAUACACUUUACUUAUUACAACCAAAGCUAGUAAUAUACUUGAAGAUUUGGAAACUUUACGUCUGUUUACAAGAGUCAUUCCAGAAUACUGCAAAUUUAUGGAUGAACAAGAUGUUGUGAACAAUUCCUUUAAUUUAAUCUUUGCUUUUGAUGAAAUAGUUGCUUUAGGCUACAGAGAAAAUGUCAAUAUGGCUCAGAUUCGAACCUUUGUGGAAAUGGAUUCACAUGAAGAGAAAGUUUAUCAAGCUGUUCGACAAACUCAAGAAAAAGAAGCUAAGCAGAAAAUGAAAGAAAAAGCACGGGAAUUGACACGUGCAAAACAAGAAGCACUGAAAAAGGGCCGCAGUCCUGGGUUUGGUUCUGGUUCUGGAUCUAGUUAUUUGCCAACUGCAGCUGAUACUGUGCCUAUUGCUGCAGAAACUCCAGCCAAGUCUGCUUAUUCAGCUCCUAGUACUCGCCCUACUACUACUGGAAAGGCAAUGAAGCUUGGCAAUAAAAAUAAAGAUAUUGACUUGUUUGUUGAUUUAUUAAAAUCUGAAGGAGAAAGUGUUGAAGCAACAUCUAGUGCAAAAUCAUCUGUUGGAACAAAAGCUGCUUCUCAAGUUCAUACUGAAAGUGUUCAUCUACGCUGUGAAGAAAAAAUAACUGUUGUGGCGAAACGUGAUGGUGGUGUGGACCUUUUAGAAGUACAUGGAAUUGUGACAUUAAACAUUUCUGAUGAAAAAUACGGCUGCAUUCGAAUUAAAAUUGAUAAUGAGGAUGAAAGAGGUGUCCAAAGUCAGACUCAUCCUAAUAUUGAUAAGGAAUUGUUUAGAAAUUCUCACAUUAUUGGCAUGAAGAAUUCAGCUAAACCAUUUCCAAUCAAUGUUGAUGUUGGUGUUUUGAAAUGGCGGUUUCAAAGUCAGGAUGAGAACAAUGUGCCUCUAUUAAUCAAUUGCUGGCCAUCUGAAAAUGGCACUGGAGGAUGUGAUGUGAACAUUGAAUAUGAAUUGCAGCUGGACACGUUAGAGUUAAAUGAUGUUGAAAUUCAUAUACCUCUAAUGGGUACUCCUGUGGUUACUGAAUGUGAAGGAUUGUAUGAACAUGAUAGCAGAAAAAAUCGUCUCAUCUGGAAAUUGCCUGUCAUAGAUUCAUCAAACAGAUCUGGUGCAAUGGAAUUUUCAUGCCCUGGAAAGCCAUCUGAUUUCUUCCCUGUUACUGUCCGAUUUGAUUCAUUUUCAUCAUAUUGCAAUAUUAAGGUUGGUGAUGUUUUCACUCUUGAUAAUCAACCUGUCAAGUACGAUUCUGAAGCUGGUCUUGUAACUGAAAGAUAUGAAAUCAUAUAGACUAUUUAUAUAUCACCUUUUAUAUCCUAAAGCAGUGUUUUUGAAUUUUUUUUUCUCUCUUGUUAUGUUGAUGGUCAAAUGUAUAAUCAGAUUAAUGAAAUAAAAUUUCAAAGUUUUAUUAACAACAUUGAAAAAUAAAUACAAAAAUACUCUGUAAAAAAUACUUAACAAAAAAAUAUAUUUAUUUUGUAGGAGGUGGAAGUAAAAUAUUUUUUAACUUUGCUUCUUUCAAAAUAUCACCCGCUCCUUUUUGAAGCAAUAAGUUAGCAAGUUUCUUGCCUAAACUCUCUGCAGCAUUUAAAACAUGAUGUGGCAAGUGGGGUGCAACAAUACCAAUAUAAUGCUAAAAAGAAGAAGAAAUGAAAUAAAUAAAUUAUAAUUAAUUUUAUAUGUGUAAUCGUGCAAUGAAAUACUUACUUCUUGAGGUCUGAUGGAAUUCUUUUCAACAUAUAUGUCAUCAGUAAUCUCAUCAACAAUACUCUUUGAUCCAUCUAAACUGUAGACUCCUCCUUUUAGUGUAAGCUGAAUUGAAAUUUUUCAAAGGUUAUAUUACAAUUAAAUGUACUUUAAUUGCAUUCAGUAAUUUGUAUAAUCAUUUAAAUGGCAUUAAGAUAGAACACAUUGAUGAAUAAAUUUAUCAAUAGAAUGUUUUUUUUUUUUUAAAAAUUGGAUCAAUCACAUAAGAAGUCUUACCUUCUUACUUUUGAGGCUUGAAUACACACCAAUUGGAACACUACAUCCACCUUCUAAUGUUUUCAUAAAAGCUCUUUCGGCAAUACAACAAAGAGUUGUUUCUUCAUCAGAUAUUUUGGAAAGCAAUUUUAUGGUCAAUGUAUCAUUUUCUCUACAUUCUAUUGCCAGUGCCCCUUGACCUACAGCAUACAUGCACUCUUCUGGUGUAAGCACCUAUUUUUUUAAAACAUAUUUAUUAGGUAAAGAAAUUGUAAUUAUUUGAUGAUAUAAAUAUAUGCACUAUAGGUUUGUCAGAUAUUGAAAUUAUAAUAACAUGGAAAAAUUAAAGAAUUUUUUUCUGUUUA